UUUUCGUUUGAGCGGCAAAACUAGCGGCUAAUUCAGCUAGCUAACAGCUAAAGCUGCUACAGCUGCGCAGUUUCGUUUCACAGAAAACAACGACAACACCCACAAUGACACUAUCCAGACACGUCUGUUUACUUUAGCUGUGUUGUUUUCCUGCAACAACAUAUCUGGGAGACUGGCAUGGGCCGACUUUUACUAACUUUGAUAGCUGACUCCUGCUAACCACAACAUAACCACAGAGCAAUGAUGAAGAGAAGAGCUGAAGCAGCGUCAACAGCACUGCAGGAGACAAAAAGGACUCGUGAGGACAGCAGCUCAGAUGAAGAGUCGCAAUUAUCCAGACAAGACUCCAGCCAAAAUGAUUCCCUCAGUGACCAGGAGGAUCAAAGACCAGGAUUUUCCAUGCCCUCGAUAUCAUCCUUUGAUGACCAAGAAACUGACCCCACACAGGCCUCCUCCGAUUUCUCAAUGUACAACAGUGUGUCACAGAAACUCAUGGCCAAGAUGGGCUUCCGUGAGGGUGAAGGUCUGGGGAAGUUUGGCCAGGGACGCAAAGAGAUUGUGGAGGCGUCUAACCAGCGAGGGAGAAGGGGUCUUGGUCUCACGCUGCAGGGCUUUCAGGGGGAGCUCAAUGUGGACUGGCGCGAUGAACCAGAGCCCACUGCCGUACAGAAGGUUGACUGGUUCCCAGAGUCCACCACAGAGACACCAGAUGCAGAUGAGCUGAGGGACUGGAUCAAACUGGGAGCGAGAAAACUCAAGAUUGAGGAUGAGAUAGAGUUUUGCACUGAAGACCUUCUACACACUUUACUAAGGUGCAAGACCAUAUUUGAUAACCUGGAGGGCGAGGAGAUGAGGAGAGCACGGACACGCUCCAACCCUUACGAGACCAUCAGAGGAGGUAUUUUCCUCAACAGAGCAGCAAUGAAAAUGUCCAACGUCGACCAUUGCUUCGACCAAAUGUUCACCAACCCAAAGGAUUCACAAGGGAAACCUCUGACAAAGGACCGCGAGGGUGAACUGCUCUACUUCGGUGACGUCUGCGCGGGGCCCGGAGGCUUCUCAGAGUACAUACUGUGGAGGAGGCGUUGGCACGCUAAGGGGUUUGGCAUGACGCUGAAAGGACCCUGUGACUUUAAACUGGAAGAUUUCUUUGCGGCGCCGAGUGAACUGUUUGAGCCUUACUAUGGUGAGGAAGGGGUGGAUGGGGAUGGAGACAUCACUCGCCCAGAAAACAUGACUGCCUUCCGAAACUUUGUCCUGGAGAGUACAGAAAGGAGAGGGUUGCACAUCCUCAUGGCAGAUGGGGGUUUCUCUGUGGAAGGCCAGGAAAACAUCCAGGAGAUCCUGAGCAAACAGCUGCUGCUCUGUCAGUUCCUCACUGCCCUUUCUACACUCAGGACAGGUGGUAACUUUGUCUGUAAGACCUUUGACCUCUUCACUCCCUUCAGUGUGGGUUUGGUCUACCUGCUCUACCUCUGCUUCGAAAGGAUCUGUCUCUUCAAGCCCAUCACCAGCAGGCCUGCCAACUCUGAGAGGUACAUAGUGUGUCGUGGUCUGAAGCCCGGUUCAGAGGCCGUCAGGGAAUACAUGUUCAGAAUCAACCUGAAACUGAACCAGCUGAGGAACACAGACAACGACGUUACGGAAGUGGUUCCCCUGAGCAUCAUCAAGGAGGACACCGACUUCUACCAGUUUAUGGUCAACUCGAAUGAGAGCCUCUGUGUAGUCCAGAUCAAGGCCUUGGCUAAGAUCCACGCCUUUGUCGUGGAACCGACCCUUUCAGAGCCGAGGCAAGCAGACAUUAGAAAGGAGUGUCUGAAACUGUGGGGGGUCCCAGACAAGGCCAGAGUCACUCCUGCUUCCUCAGACCCAAAGUCAAAAUUCUACGCACUGAUUAAGAACUCCGAUGUGGAGUCGUUCCAGAGUAAGCUCACACCUCUCAACUCCACUACACUCGAGAAGUUGCGUCAUAUCCUGGACCACAGGUGCAUUGUGGGAGGUGGAGAGCAGAUCUUCCUUCUAGCGCUGGGGAAGUCCCAGAUAUACACAUGGGAUGGGAAGCUGCCUGUGCGCUGGAGCAAACUGGAGAAUUUCAAGCUAGAGCUGCCAAGAGAUACACUUCUAAGUGUUGAGAUUGUCCAAGAGCUGAAAGGCGAGGGCAAAGCUCAGCGCAGAAUCAACGCGGUUCACGUGAUGGAUGCACUAGUACUGAACGGGACCGAUGUAAGAGAACAGCACUUCAACCAACGGAUCCAGAUGGCUGAGAAGUUUGUGAAAGCAGUGGCCAAACCAAGCAGACCAGACAUGAACCCUAUCAGAGUUAAGGAGGUUUACAGGUUGGAAGAGAUGGAGAAAAUCUUUGUCAGACUAGAGAUGAAGGUGACAAAGAGUUCAGGAGGAAUCCCACGUCUGUCCUACACCGGCAGAGACGACCGACACUUCCUCCCCACCGGCCUUUACAUCGUUAAGACUGUCAAUGAGCCAUGGACGAUGGCAUACAGUAAAAACUCCAAGAUGAAGUUCUUCUAUAAUAAGACCACCAAGGACUCUACCUACGAAAUGCCACCCAACUCUGCUGCCCCUUUCAACGUUUGCCACUCUGAGCGGCUCUUCUGGGCCUGGGUGGACGGGGUGAUAGUUCAUGAUUCUCAGACACGGAUGGACCCUGAGAAACUGUCCAAAGAUGAUGUUCUGUCCUUCGUCCACCAGAAUCAUCACCACUGAAAUGCUCACAGUGCCCCAGAGCUUCAUCAGCUACAACGUAGACAAAGAAUGCACUCAAUUUUGGAGAAUUUAGAGCCUCGGUAAAGGUUAUCAUACAAUGCAUUAAUUGAUAUUUAGUAAAAGAGGGAUUCAUAAAAUACUGCCUUAUAAAUAAAUCUACCAAUACAUAGAUCAUAAGUGUAAAAAGUUCAGCUUUUAUUAAUCCCUUUUUUUUUUGUCCACUUAAAUAUCAAUUGGUAAACUGUUUUAUAACCAAGGCCCUCUUGUUCCUUUAUAUUAUGUCGCUUAGAGAAAUUAUUCCCAGGUUGUAACUGGAGUUAUGGAGCUCAAGGGAUGAAUUGUUUGCUGCUAUUUCCAGUGGUGACAUUUGGACUAUGUGUAACUGACGGACAUUUGAUAAACCACUUUGUCUUUAUGCUUUUUCCACUGCCCUCCUUGGCUCUAUGGAUUGAAAUGAAUAGGAAUCGCCUCAUAGAACAAUAUGGCGACGAAAAGCUGCUGCCAUCGUCUCUUCAUUGGAUUGCAUGUCCCUGUACAGUUGAACGCUCGUGUGUGCGUGCGUGCGUUUACAACACAUUAACAAUGACGAAAGAGAUGCAUCUGCGAUUUGGACAAUGUUAGAUCUUAAACUAUGCAUCCAUAUCUGUAAACACAGUCUCGCUUGCCUUGCUCUACAACUGCUCAUCUCCCCAGAGACCAGGAUCUGUUUGCUCCGUCUUUCACAACUCAACAACUGGCACCUUGUCCCCGCUCCUGCAAAACUGUAGCUAAAGCCUAAAUACAACCAACAGGUUAAUCAUGUUCUGACUUCUCCCCGCCAUCGCUUCAACAUUCAUAUCAGUUACAGAUGUAGCGGUUUUUUUCCACUCAUAAGUUAUCUAUCACACGUGUGUCUGUGUGUGUGUGUGUGUUAUACAUUUGGAAGGUGUCCUGUUAGGUUUUAAGUUGUUUUUACUCCUCUUUGUGAUUGUGCCUCAUAUCGCCUGGACUGUUUUUUUUUUCUUAAAUACUGCAAAAUUUCUUCUUUUUUUCCCUUGUAAAGUUAGCUAUCAAUCGUUUUGAUGUAAAUAAUUAUAAUGUAGUAAAUAAAUGGGAGAUGUUUUUCCCAG